CUUGAACACCCUCCACAUCCACGCCUAGUAACACCCGGAACCGAAGACUCGGACGUAGUACAUAGACAUUCACUCAGAUUGUCCCCGAAUACCUUUCUGGAAGAAGUUGCUAAACUCCCGAUCGUAGCACACUGUUCGCGACCCUCUAACCCGUAUCGCGCCAACCAUAUCACAGAUUGAAAAUGGCAGAUCGUCAGGAUCCCCGCAGCCCCUACUUGCUCCGGAGACAGAAAGAGAAUACGCACGCACAGGAUCAAGCUUCUACCUUACUCAUCCCCGCGAUAGCAUCGAAGGCGCCACGGCCCCCGCUUGUACCCAUCCUAUUGCCGCGGCGCAAUGUCGAUACCCUACCAAACAAUUUUCUACGCAAGCCAUCUGUGACCUUCUUGGACGCUCGCUCUACUCGCCUGAAAUCAAAACGCGUAAUCGUUGGUCAAUCUCUUAUUCAUGCCACCGCCUUAUCUUCCGAGAACCGUUAUUUCUCUAAUCAACCCAGAUUCAUCGGUAAACGUCCUCCCGCUGCCGUCCGGGUCAAGAACUCUCCUGGUACUGUAGUUGAAGCAAGAGAUAACGACUGUAUGGCAAAUUCCCUCGAUACCGCUACCUCGAGCCCUUCUCUCUGUACCCCAUGCGCUUGCCCCAGCCUUCGCGUCAAGCCCGCUGAAUCUUCUUUCUGCGUGGAUCAUUCUCAGUGCUGUAGUGCCGAGGUUUCCGUUCCUGUUGACUUUGCCGAUGACCUGGAAGAGAACAUACCUUUAUGCCAGAUGGUCUCCGCACUCAUCUACGCCUUGCUCCUCGCUGCCUGGUUAUUGUGUAAUUUAAUGCUGUGGACGUCUUCAUUGCCUGGGCUUGGCGGGCAUAAUAGCGCAUAUAGUCUGGAAGGCCGAUGACUUUCUUACCUUUCUUUAUCCGUCUCGCUUUCUUGCUGUCCAAUGUCUAGGGUUUCCCGUUAAAGUUAUAGCUGGCAUAAGUUUAUUUAGUUUAGAACCACACUGCCAUAAUAUCUCUAGUGUCUCGGGUUGUAUCACUUCGUGUUUUGGCGCAUCGGGAAAAUCAUGAUGAACUGCUAUAGCUAUAUAUUGAUGACCAGGCCUUGUAAUGUUGAGAUAAGGCCUUAUCAGCGAAC